UCUGUGGAGAACUGCAUCUGUAUUCUACACAAUCUGUCCUACCGCCUGGAUUCUGAGGUGCCUAAUAAAUACACACACCUUAAUCACAUGGCCAGGGGCACUUACACUGACAAAACCCUGACUGGUUGCUUCAACAACAGAGGGGGAAAAAUGGAGUAUGAUGAGUAUGAUCUGCCCCUUCCUGAGGAGGACUAUAAACCCAGGGGAUCCAGCUGGCUCUACCAUUCAGAUGCCAUCCGGACAUAUCUCUCUCUGAUGGACCAGAGCAAGAAAGAUGCCACCUUGGAAGCUUGUGCUGGAGCCCUGCAAAAUCUAACUGCAAGCAGAGGACUGAUGUCAAAUGCAAUGAGCCAGCUGAUUGCUACAAAGGAGAAAGGUUUACCGCGUAUAGCACGGCUCCUGCAGUCCACUAAUGCAGAGGUUGUCCGAUCUGGUACAUCCUUGCUGAGUAAUAUGUCUCGACACCCCAUUCUCCACAAGACUAUGGCUCACCAGGUACUCCCAGAUGUGACUCGUCUCCUAGCUCUGCAGGCUCCAGGUUCCAGCAACUAUGGAGACAUUAUGUCAUCUGCUUGCUACACCCUGAGGAACUUGAUUAUGUCCAAUCCACAGAUGGCCAAGCCUUACCUGACAGGCAGUCUGAUUAAUAACGUAGUAGGCCUGUGCCGAAAUGGCUCCUAUCCAAAAGCAGCUGAAGCUGCUCGUCUUCUAUUGGCUGACUUGUGGUCAAACAGGGAGCUCCAGUCUAUGCUAAAACAGCAAGGAUAUGAUAAGAAUAUGAUGGGAUCCCUAACAGGGAGCACUUUCAGGAACCUGUCAUCUAGAUUCUAAGAAGAUAUCUGCAUUACAUUUGAUAACUGCAGAGUUUGUAACUGGUUCCUGUCUGGGAGACCUCAACCCUCAAGGAAUUAGUUAAGUCGUUAAAGAUGUACACAGUGUUUUGAGAGGUCAAUUCAGUUGUAAAACUAGGUAUGAAAAAUGUUUUGCCUGAUUAUAGAUAUCUGAAAAUGUUUUAAUAUUUUUUAAACAAAUUCUUUUUUCUGGGGGCACAUUGGGGGUUCAGAGGUUAAUGUCACUUGAUGUUAAUUGUUAUAUCUGUAAAAAUGAAUGGGGGAAGUACAAUUUGAAAAGGUUUAAAGAGUAAAUCAAGCACCAACCUCCCAACUUAUAUCUUGGCCAUAAUAGGCAAGUUUACAAAGAUAGUACCAGUCUAACCACCACUUUCAGCUUCACAGAAUAGCAUUUCUUUAUAUCCGUUAUAUAGUUAUCAUAUGAAUAUAGGGAGAAGCAAAUAUUGAAUGUCAUAAAAGACAUUUGGGUGCCAUAUAAAUAUGUCUAAGUCUUUUUCAUUCCUCAUUUUCAUCACAUUGUAUACAGUUACUAACAUUCUAUAUGUUUAUUUCACUGUUGAUGGUCAUGAUACUGAGAUAUUUAGCAUAGUGUUGUAGUUUCAGAUAGCUGGGUUUCUUUUUGUUGAAAAUUUACUGACUUCAAUUUACAUUCAUAUCUUUAUCAGGUCUGCUUUCAUAUUUCAUGUUACUGGUAAGCAUUUUUUCCUUAUAGGCUGCUUAGUUUUUAAAUCCCAAGAAGCAAAUUCAUGUCAGAGAAAAGUGUCCUUCACAGGUUCUAGAUAAGUGUUUUUAAAUUUUAUUUUUGUACUGUAUAUGAAUAAUGACUUGUGUGGAAGGCAGGAACUCAGGAGGUUGUGCUUUAUGAAGGCUACCCCGUGCACCACUGUGGCUCUGCUGUCUUUGCUUUUUAAAUGUAAAUCUGUCACCUGAACAUAUCUAUAAAGUUGGUAAGUUUAGAAAGAUGAUAAAUAAAUAUGUCCAUGGUAGAGAAUCAGAGUAGCUUCCUGAGGUUGGUCAAUGGACAUACCAACAGAAAUAGUCUAUUAACUAAGAACUAAAGAAGCUAAACAGACUGUGUUGUAUAAUUUUCAAGUGCAGAAGCGUACAACUUGUGAACGUGUGAAGCUGCCUCACACUGAGUAAAAUGGUCAGGCUGUCUACCUCAGUCUUGUCUAUUAUGGCUAAGCAGGGACCCUCUAGGGUGUCAGACAAGGUAGAUAUUUCCCCAGAAAGAUCCUUUAACUAGAGAUGCCAGGGACUGAAUCUGGGACCUUCUUCUUGCAAACAUGGUAAUCUAACACUGACCUCUGGUGCCUCCUCAGUGACCAGUAAAUGGUGAUGCAUGGGAGUCAAGGGGUGAGAAUUCUUUUUAAGUAGCCAGUGUCCUUAUAGGCCACUAAGACUGAUUUGUCCCUGGGCUUACCAAAGACCCUGUUCACUCUGUAGCUGUCACCAAGACAUCCAUUCCUGUCAUGGGCUUCCUAUAUUUUCUAUGGGCACAUUGUAAUUCUCUUGCAAUUAUGUUGCCAUUAGAGGAUCCAAACAAACAGUGAUGAAGUAUGUUUAUUAAAGCAAGUCAGUAGAAGAACAUAAAGCAGAUGCUUUGUUGGAAUGUAAAAUAAAAGAUCAAGUACUCAAACUGUUUACCAUAUAAAAGUAAUUGAAUAUUAUGAUCUAUGUAAAAAGAUACCAACUUUUCAUUUUCUCCGGUGUAGCUUUGGGAAAGAAAAUUUGUUGAUCAUAAUAAGUUACCUUGUAAGCAUUAUAUGCUGGAAGAUUGAUGCUAAUUUGUAUGUUCCAUAAAAAGGGGGGGGGUGUCACUAAGUUAAAAUUUUGGCAUUGGGAUAUAAUUCUAACACAGAUUUAUGAUACUUAUGCUAAUCUAGCCUGCUUUCUAAUCCAGUAAAUGCUGGGUAGCUGUUCAUGCAAAACUUCCUCAACUUGUCAAUUUAGGAUUUCUAUUCCAAUUUAUGUACUGUGGUCAGCAUGCAGUCUAGGUCAUUUUUACAUAAGGACAUAAAAUGCAAGUGUACGUGAGUACAACUAACCAUGUGGUGUUUUCAUGUAUGCUACAAGCUAGACUCUCACCAUUGUAGUUGUAUUUUAUGUAUAAGAGUUAUAUGUAUAAGAGGUACUAAAUAAGAACGAAUUUUGUGUAUAAAUCUGCAUAUGCCACAAGAUAAUCUGGCUGUGGAAUGAUUGUGUCUGUGAGCAUAAUCACUACAGCUGUGAAUUUUGUGCACAUUUCUGAAAUUCUGGCACUUGACCUGUUGCUCAAUAUCUAGACAGUUAAUGCUGAUGACUGUUUCUUAAACUGGUGUUGAUACAAACAGCAUAAUGAACAAUUAAUUUUUAAUAGAAAAAGUGAAGGGACAUUAUUGCUAUUUUGCUAUUUGUUGCCAUUUUAUGAAGAAAUUUUGAACAUUUUUUUCAACACAAAAGAACCCACCAUGGCUGAUAGGAAUUGAUUUGUGCCACUGCUACACAUGACCAUAAUCUGCAAAUAUACUGUUUAGUGGAGUUUUCCCUCAUACUGUUUCAUUCUUGCAGCUCUUUCUGAUCCCUCAAAAGAUUGUUCCUGGGAUUAUGGAACCUGUGCAGAGGAAUAGUGAUGUGGGUCUUGAGGCCAGGGGAACAAGCAGGUGAAAUCAGUCUUCCUCUUCUGCAAUUGCAGCUCUGCUGGAGGGAGGGGUCAGUUUCAUCCCCUUCUUGAUCCUCUUCACUCCAGCCCCCAACCCACAUGGCUACUUCUCUAUGCAAGACUCUUGACCACAAGUCUUUCUGGAGGUCAUGAGGAGCUGCAAAAAUGGGGAGAAUUGCAGAAAAAUUGUUUGUCUUGCAUACACAGAUGUUUGGAGAUUUUUCUGGAGGAAGACAUGUACACAGUCAUAACUAGCAACUACCACUGAAAUCAUUUUAAGAUCAAGGCAUAUGGUUUCUGUAUUUUUUUACAAAAUGCAGACAUUCAUCCACAAUAAUAUGUCCAAGCAAAAUGUUAAAGUGCCAGCAUUUCAUCAAAAUGGGUAGCAAUGUCUGUCUGUAGCAGUAGAAAAGAGUAAGAAUCCAGUAGCAACUUAAAGACUAACCUACCUAACCUAAUCAGAGAUUUCUACGGUUCAAGUUAUACUGUAAAGAUGCUGUGAGAUUUUGCAAUCACAGUUGUGAUGGUGAUGGACUCUGCUAGUUAUUGGCUUGGCUGCUUGCCGGUCACACAGGGUCUGAACUGUCAGAAUGGGCUCGGUUUGCCAUUGGCUGAGUUGCUCAGAUGCUAAUCAGCAAAAGAUCGACAAACAAUUAGGACACAGACUAGGAAAGCAGUAGACGUUUGGGGAUGGGGGAUGGAGCUAAGAAGGCACAGACCAGUAGAGGCAGGGGAGACCAGUCUACAGAAGAAAGACUGGAAGCAGUAUAGGUUACAGAAUAAUGAAAAAAGGAUGAGAGGGAGGAUGAAAUCUGAGGGCAAAAGGAAAACUGAGAGAGAGAAUGGACAAAGAGAGGACAGUUGCACAUGCUGGAAAGCAGUAGCAAUAUGGGAUGCUGAAGUUUAAAUAUUGAUCUGAAAGAACCAGCCAAAGCUUUGGAGCGAGUUUCUAAUUUAUGUACUUUUUAAUUCUGAAUACAGUAGAAUUCAAUCUUGUAUUUGAUAUUAGAUGUUUAUCAGGAAUAGGGCCAGAAAGCUGCAAUAGGCCUAUUAAUAUAGGUGAUUUUCAGACUAUGCUUACAGGUCACACCAGACUGGCCAAUGUUUGACAGAAGUACAUGAAGUAAUGAUAGGGAUGUAAAUAAUGUUUCCAAGUCAUUAGGUUAACCUAAUGACCAUAGGUCCAACUGAAUAAUGAUCAGGUAAUCAAUAACUAUCAAUCCUCUUCCUUUCACCUGAACAAGUCAGAUUUUGGCAUCUAAGAAACAAAUCAUGCCCAGCAGCAGAGCUGAACUGUUUAGGAAGCUCCUGAUUUUGAA